AAGUCAGUCAUUAGAAUAACAGCUGGUAGCAAAAUCAAUCAAUUUUAAUUUUAUUUUGAACAUUGUUCAAGAAUUUAUUACAAAAAAAAUCGAGUAACGAUGUUGCAAGAGUAUGAAGAUGAUUAUUUUCUCGAAGAAGAUAAAAUUGUAAAAAUUGCAUUAAAUAGAGGGACCAAUAAGCCCAACAAUAUGUUUUCCGUCCACUCCAGCCAAACCGAAAGUGAAACCUCAUUACUUCUUCAUGUAGAUCAAGAAUCGAUUUUAGAUAGCAGUACACCCGAAGAGCCCAACGAAGUAAAAUCCGAUAGCAACGGUAUGGGUAAGGUCAAGGACGAAAUUGCCUUCGUUUCGAACGACGACCUGCCAGACCCGGUACUAUAUGCCGACGGUUGUGUUGACGAUACGAAAAUUAUUAUGCUUUGUCAGAAACAGGAAAUGGAAAGGCUGGGUAUGACGGUCAGUUCCGGGACGGUCGUUAUCAAGAAAGAUACUACUAAUCUUAUAGGCAUAAGCAUUGGUGGAGGAGCUCCUCUUUGUCCCUGUCUCUACAUAGUUCAGGUUUUCGAUGGAACACCGGCAGCACGCGAAGGCACACUGCAGAGUGGAGAUGAACUGCUGGGUGUGAAUGGUGUGUCGGCGAAGGGCAAGACCAAAGUUGAGGUGGCAAAGAUGAUACAAGCUGCCACCGACGAAGUUACCAUUCACUACAAUAAACUUCACGCUGAUCCUACCCAGGGCGAAACGUUGGACAUUGUGCUGAAGAAAAUGAAGCAUCGGUUAGUGGAGAAAAUGUCCAGUGGCACUGCCGAUACGCUGGGACUGUCUCGAGCAAUUCUGUGUAACGAUUCAUUGGUGAAGCGAUUACAGGAACUGGAGAAAACCGAAGCUAUGUACAAGGGACUCGUAGAGCAUGCGAAGCGGAUGCUGAAAGCUCAUUUUGACGUUCUUCAAACGUAUCAAUCGUUUGGUAAUAUUUUUGCCGCCAUCAGUGUUCGCGAACCACAACCGAGAGCUUCGGAAGCUUUCCGUGUUUUUGGAGAGUUGCAUCGAAACAUGGAAAAAGACGGUAUCAAAAUGAUCAAGAGUUUGAAACCCAUUUUAGCGGACAUGGGCACGUAUCUGCACAAAGCAAUACCCGAUACUAAGCUGACGGUGAAACGAUAUGCUGAUGCGAAAUUUACUUAUUUAUCGUAUUGCCUGAAAAUCAAAGAAAUGGACGAUGAAGAGCACGGCUAUGCUGCCAUCCAAGAACCAUUGUAUCGCGUUGAAACUGGAAAUUACGAAUAUCGACUCAUACUUCGGUGCCGUCAGGAGGCCCGGGUAAAAUUUGCUAAACUGCGAAGCGAUGUUUUAGAGAAAAUGGAACUAUUAGAAUGUAAGCACGCACGUGAUUUAGCUUCCCAAUUGAGAAAGUUCAUACAGGGAUUGUCCACUUUGUCGAACGAAACCGUCGAAAAAUUGGAAUCCAUUCCGAAUCUAUUCCCUAUCGAAGUUGAUUUGAAACCAAGUGCAUUCCAGUACAAGUCAGCCGUUCGAUUUCCACCGGAAGAGGACGUGGAUGAGGAAAUCCAGCAAGCCGAGGAAGCCGUUGAGAGACCUGCCGUCAAAGCUUCCAGUGAGAAUAGGUCUUCCAUUUAUGGCGGUGGAGCUUCCAUCGAUCAAUUGCUGGCGGGAUUCGAAGAGAUCGACUUGAACAAAAGCAGCAGUACCAGUGAGAGUAAUGAUCUUCUAGUUGAGCUGGGUUUGGCGGACAUUGAUCUUUCGGUAGGGAAGCAAUCCAGUCUGAUGGAUAAUUUAUUGAUACCGGACAUGAAUGAUUUCACAAAGUAAUUUUUUCGUCAUUGACGGAAAAUAAAAUAACUAUAUAUGGUAUAAAACUUAAUUGUUUGAUGGUCCGCUUAGUCGUUAGUCGACUAGGACUGCGUCAGCUUGUCGCCACCGAGACUUUUCGACGUCGUUUUUGGGGCUGCGCCAUAUCACGGCUAUGUUUUAAGCUCUUUGGUUUCAAUUUUAUGCGACAUUAUGCCAAAUGGCCCGCCCUCUUUUGAUUUAAUAUAUCAAAAGUCAAUCUGCAUGUAACUAGAA